UAACACUGAGGAAUCAACACACUGAGACGCUACUAAGGCGGCUGUUUUCAUUCAGCUAUUAGCGACUGAUUUUCAAGAAACCAGCAGAGGAUUAAAGCGUACUAAUACACAUAAAAGAUCUAAGGGACACCCCGCUUCCUGUGCAUCCAGGCCUUCUUCAGUGUUUGUGCUGUCAGGGUGAUGUCAGCAGCCUGUCUCACGCGCCUGGCAAGGUGCAGUGGUCCUUAUGUGGGUCGCAGUGGUCUUUUUCAGAUGGCCCUAGCCCCACUGCCAUUGCAGCAGGACAGCCACCUCCAGUUCACAGUCUUUCGGAGACAAAUUUACAGCCCUUCAGAACAGCGACACAGCAACACACGCUUUGAUGCAGACAGCAGUGGCCAGCCCACCACUUGGGAUUCAUUUGGCAUUUGGGACAAUCGUAUUGAUGAGCCCAUCCUGCUGCCUCCCAGCAUUCGCUACGGCAAGCCCAUUCCCAAAGUCAGCUUAUCGAAGGUGGGCUGUGCCUCACUCAUUGGUCAACGCAAGGAGAACGAAGAUCGCUUCCAGGUCUCCCAAAUGACUGACAACAUCCUCUAUUUUGCUGUUUUUGAUGGGCAUGGCGGACUAGAAGCAGCUGACUUCUGUGAAAAAAAUAUGGAGAAAUUCAUCAAGAACCUUGUGGCAGAGGAGUCCAAUCUGGAAUUAGUUUUAAUGAAGGCCUUCCUUGAAGUAGACAAAGCUCUUGCAAAGCACUUGCACUUCUUACCAAAUGUACCCGGGAUGAAUGCAGGAACCACCGCCACUGUGGCCCUGCUGAGGGACAGCUUUGAGUUGGUGGUGGGCAGUGUGGGAGACAGCCGAGCCAUGCUGUGCCGCAAGGGCAAGGCCCUUAAACUCACUGUCGACCACACUCCUGAGAGGAAAGACGAGAAAGAGAGGAUUAAGAAGAGUGGGGGUUUUAUUACCUGGAACAGUUUGGGACAGCCAAAUGUCAACGGCAGGUUGGCGAUGACACGCAGCAUUGGAGACUUUGACCUGAAGAACAUGGGGGUCAUUGCUGAGCCUGAGACCAAGAGAAUAUCGUUGCACCAUGUCCAUGACGCGUUCCUGGCGCUGACCACAGAUGGCAUUAACUUCAUUAUGAAUAGCCAGGAAAUCUGCAAUGUCAUCAACCAGUGCCACGACCCCAAAGAGGCAGCCCAGAGAAUAUCUGACCAGGCUCUUCAGUAUGGCUCAGAAGACAACAGCACAAUUAUUGUGGUGCCCUUUGGUGCUUGGGGAAAACACAAGAGUUCGGACACAAGUUUCUCCUUCAGCAGAAGUUUUGUGUCCAGUGGUCGCUGGGCAUAGUCAGCAGGAUGUCAGAUGAAACUGUGUGGUCUGUGGACCUAAUUAAUGUGUGCAAUACAAUCGGUGCCCUUGAGGAAACUUUAUAAAGUGUGAUUUGCCCAAACAAUAAUACCUAAGGCUUACAACAUGUUAUUUAUAGCAGCACCAUACUGUCCUCUGAGAAGUAAGAGGUGGGGAAUUCAUGAAGUGCACUAAAUUGAAAACAUCCUCUUUAUACAAGGUUUUAUCUACUAGCAAGCCAAUGACCCUAUAGGUGCUAAAUGUUGAGAAGUGUUUGAAUGGCAGACAGGAAUUCAUGAUCACGAGUCGUCACUUAGCAGAUAUGUUGGCUGCUCUACAUUAGCUAAGAUUUUAAGACUAAUAUUCCUGACUGUCUGCCAUUCAGAUACAUUUUUAUCUAUUUAGCUGUUCAUAAUGCCCAAGUUUGCACAUUUUUAUUUUCAAGGUUAACUUUAGUUGCAUUUUGACAACAUUGCAUUUGGAUUUUAACAAUUGUUUUAAGUCUUCAGUCUUUACUUCUGGAUCAUUUUUAACAGUGGGACUACAUGUGCAGAAGAGAGUGGGGAAACACACUAAUUGAACUGCAUUCAUUUUUUUUUCAGUCAAUUGGAAUUCAUUGAACCCUUGUAUGAGAAUACAAAAUGUACUUAAAUGUACAUACAUGUAAAAGCUCACAACUUCUGAAGCAACUGGAAUAUAAUAAGUCUGAGUAGGACUUAAUGACUGUCAAUUUUGGAGCUUCCUUUCUGUCUCUUGGGUCAAAGCAUCUACAUUAAACUGUACAGAUAUAUUCACAGUUUAAGCUUUGAAAAUGCUUAAACUAUUGCUCUUCUCAAUGUAUCUCCAUUUCUAAGGACUUCCCCACAAACAAGGUUCUACACUCAUUGUUUUCUUUGGACUUGUAAUACUCAUUUAUGCAUCAUUGAAAAACAUUGAUGCCCAUUUGCACAAUUGUGAUGUUUUUGGAGAAAUGAACAAAAACCCUGAAUGUUCACUAAUGUGCACUAGUGGGCUGUGUGAAUGGAGUUGUUGUUGCUAUUUGUAUAAAUAGCAUUUCAGUGGCUGAAGCUGACAUUCAUGAAAAUAAGAUAUUCAUGUUUCUUGCAAUGUAAACAUUGCUCAGGCUUGUAUAAGUGUUAUUAUCUGUACUGAUUUGAAACAGGUCAUGUUGGGGCACUAUGAGGUGUUCAGGGUACCGAAAUGUACAGUUUAUGUUUUGUAAAUAAUUCUAUUUAUGUAUACCUGGAAAACUGAUAGUUCUCUGUUACAUUUACUUAAUAUCUUGGCUAAAUUUCUCAUAUCAGAAUAUCUGACAUGCACAUGCUGCUUGUAUUGUGUAAGGAUACAUUACUUUUAAUUGUACCUCAGUUGCGAUCUGUAAUUCAACAUUUUUACCACUUAAAAAUGUCACUCAUAAAGAGCAAAGCACACUUAAUGCAACACUAAAGAACUGUUCAGCUAAGAGCCAUGUAUGACAAUGUGAAUGUUUGCUUAAAUGCCCUCCAUGACUAAAACAAACAAUCAAACCCUGUAGGGUAUAAGAGUAAUUAAGCUGUAUAAGUGACCUGGCUGAUCUAAUGUGAGUAUGUUCACUUCCAGUGCAAGGUAGACUUAAACCAUUAGAUUGGCUACAGUUUUUGUUCACUGUUUUGUUUUGUGGUUGUUAAAGCUAGACAAACACAACCACCGUUAUCGACAUACUUGUUCUAACUAUGAGAAUUGCAAAUGUGUAGCUAUCAGUUUUUCUUCAAACACCAUUUAUAAAUGUUUUGUAAAUACCCCCCCCCCCAUUCACAUACUGAAUUAUUAUAAGGACUUUGUCUUUAUGCUUAACACGUCCUCCUUACAAGCCUACUUUGUUUGUUGAAGUUAUCUUUCAGUGUGUUCAAUAUCUCUUUACUGUAUUUUGUUUCACUGCCUUUCAAAUAUAAUCAAUGUAGUCGUGGACCUGUAUCCGGGACCUAAAUGUGAGUUUCAAGAACACUGUUAGUACUGUAUUUUUGAUCUAAAUGGCUUGUGACACUUCAAUUAAAAACUACACACCAAAAAAUGUU